UGUUUUUUUCCUGACAAUAUUCUUUCAUGAAAUUAGAACGUUCUUCUAGCUUCCAAAUGCCCAGCUUGGGCAUUUUCAUUAGCCCAUGUUGACUUUUGCGUUGACAUGGUUGACUUUACAUUGACUUACAUUGAAAAACUGGCUCUGGCUCCUAAGAGAUUCUUUCUUCUUGCGAUGCUCCACAGCGAUGGCGUUUCGACCACCACCACCACCAGCAGGAGCUGGAAAGUGGCAAAGAAAUCGACGAAGGGAAUCGCCACACUCUUGGCGGCGCUCAAGGAGGCAAGCAAGGCCAGGGAUGCCAAGAGGGGGCGGGAGCUCCACUCCGACGCCAUAGCCAGUGGAGUGGCGGGCGAUCUCUUCGUGGGCAGCAGCCUGGUGGACAUGUACUCCAACUGCGGCCUCAUGGGCGAAGCGCGAGAGAGAACGACCAUGGAUUGGCGGCGCUCGCCCUCUUCUCGCCGAUGCGCGACGAGGGCUGCUCUCCAAACUCCAGAACUUUUGUUGCUGCGGCUAAGGCAUGUUCUAGCAUUCCCACGGCUGAGAAGGAAGAAGAAGUUCCAAGAGGUAGCGAAGUAUGCUCGACUUCGAAGAUGAGAUCGCUGGAGAUUGGAAUGGCGAUCCACUCGCAGGCGCUGGAGAGGAGGUGCGGAUCCAUUUUCAUGGAGAGCUGCCUCGUCGAUAUGUAUGCCAAGUGUGGCGGCAUGGACGACGCUCGGCGCGUUUUCGAGAGCAUGGAGAGGAGGAAUAUGGUGGCCGCUCAUGCUGGGCUAUGCCGAGAGUGGCGAUGGCCAAGCUGCGCUCAAGCUCUUCCAGGUGAUGGAACGCGAGGAUUGCCCGCGGGACGCUCGGACUUUCGUUGCCGCGGUGAAGGCUUGCUCGAGCCUGGCUAUGGCGGCGAAGGAAGGAUCAUCUAGCGCGAGAGCCUUGAGAGCUCUUGAGACCGGCAUGGCUGUUCAUCGCGAAGCUCGCAAGAGUGGAUUCGAGUCG